AUGAAUCCGUAUUACUAUAAACACUUGUUAUCUUCUUAUGAUCCCGAAAAUCCAAACAAUCAUCCACGACAUCCAUACCCAAAUCCAAACAAUCAUCUACAAUAUCCAUAUCCAAGUCCAAACAAUUUUCUGCAAUAUCCAUACCCAAAUCCAAAUAAUCAUUCACAACAUUCAUACCAAAAUGCAUACCCAGAUUCUACUAGCUCGGAUCCUCCCCAUAUUCCAGAAAAUGAGCCAACACCAACAGAAACUCCUACCAACAAACGAAAAAAAAAUAAAAAAACCUACUGGAGCAAAGAAGAAGAAAUGUUGUUGGCAAAAGCUUGGCUACAAAUUUCAGAAGAUAGCAUUACUGGAAGUCAACAACGUGAUAAAGAGUUCUGGAGACGAAUUAUUGCAUACUAUGAAAAAAGCAACACAUCGAACGUUGCAAGAACUCAAGCCAACCUCAAAACGCAUUGGCAUUACAUGAACCCAUUUGCAGUUGCAUUUAAUCAAAUGUAUAUAGUGUUGAAAAGUCAACACCUCAGUGGAUGGCCUGAGGAUGAUCUCAAACGUGCAACUUUUGAGCAUUAUCAUGCUAGAUAUGGUGCCGAUUUUAGGCACGAACAUAUUUGGAAUAUCGUUAAAAAUGAACAGAAAUGGAAAGGUUCAAGCACUGCAUCUGGGGCAUCUAUGUCUUAA